UGUAGAAAAGAGUAGAGUAUAUGCAAGCAUAAGACCACGACGUAUCUGAAUGCGUCGAGUUAGAAAGUGAUAGUUGUAGUAAAAUAGUAGAGCUUGUUUUUGCGGGAAAACACUCAUAGAAAGAAAAUCAGAUAGAGCGAGUAACUACUGUCUGUCUAUACUUGCGCUUGCAAACCUCCCGGAUGUAAUAUCUGAAUUGCAGAUUACGGUACGAUUUGCGAAUAUUUGAAAAGUAUCGAGAGACACCACACACGUCCAAAUAUACUAUUGCGUCGUAAUUAUUGCUAACACACGCUCAAAUAGCACAAUCGCCAAUUCAGCUCACGAAUUGCAUUCCAACCAUCAAUAAGGCGGCAUCCCCUUUCGCAAGACUCGCCCCCACAGGAAAGAGGCUGGGUUGUUAGUCACUCGCACGAUCGGCAAAUUUCGCCUAAUCUACACAGAAAACAACACACCAAUUUCACUCAACCAACGUUUGGAACGCCACACAAAUUGACUGCGCGGAAUAGUUGAAAACGAAGUCAUCGGUAGACAAUCUCGUUGACCUUAUUACAACAUAAGUUCAACAGAAUCUACCAAACGACAUAACUGUUGGAUUUGGAUAGCUGCAUUUGUCCGCUCAGCUCGUUUUGCAUUAGCGCAAAUACUCAUUCAAUCAAUCGACGAAACAACUUCGUUCGACUUUUGGCACAAACUUACUCAUAGUUUCGUGUCUGCACAGCUGAACAAGGUCUGAACAAAAUGGUAGUUUUGACUGAAAAAGAAACGGCCGCGGUUGUGUCAAAUAUCCCAAACAACUUAGCAAAUGGCAAUGGAAACGCCAAUACUCUAACUAAUGGGUCAGAUGAUCACGGAAUAGGCGCUGAGUUGUCUAGCACCGAAGCUCAGAAACCCUUUCAGAUGAAGCGAAAGCUCCCAGAUGAUAGCCAAUUUACUACGGACGGCGAUCCAAAAAAUCAGAAAACUGAAGACGGCAGUCGGCCCCUCGGAAAGAAACCCUGCAAUCAAAACGGAAACCAUGAAGUCAUAGCUGAAAAAGACGUUAAACAGGAAAAUGGCGACAUCAUUGGAGAAGAUCCUGUCGAAAUUCAUGGGGACGUUGAGGAAAAAACAGAUACAAAAGUAGACGAAAAGGAAAAACGCAAGAUUGACGCUGCAAAAAUAAGAGCCAUGUUGAUGUUGGAGGAAACGAAUUUGCUGCUUCUGAAAAAACUAAAGGCCUCUCAAACGCCGAAACCAGUCCCCUCACUCCCCGCAACAGCCGCCGCGGCAUCAUCAACAGCCGCCGCAACUGGAAGCAAUAAUUCAGUGGUGUCUGAACCCGCAGCGGGUCCGAAUGUAAACUCGUCUGCUCCAGGAUUGGUGAAGCAACUUCCCAAAACGCAUGUUCCUUCAGUGCAGAGCAAUGUGGUGAGUAGUGUGCAAAAUCAUGGCAGCGCUAAUCAUCAGACAAGUGUACAGCUUCAGCAACAACAGAGGCUGCUUGAACAGCUUCAACGAUCGGACCAGAUGAAAAUGGUUGUAAAUCAGCAAAAUCAAAUGGCAAAACAGCAGCAUCGAGCAACAGCUAUCCCUACUGCCGCCAACCCACCAGUGCCGAGUGUGAACACCAAUAUACAACAGAGAAACAACAUGUCUGCUCAGAUUCCAAACAAUGUACCGAAUGUAACCAAAGGAACCACUGCUAAUGCAUUGCCGCCCAAUGUUGUUCCAUCGGGACUGUUUAGGGGUCCACCCCCAGCUGUGACUCCCGGAACUACAUCAAAUACAGUGCCGACUCAUCGAAAUUCAGUGCAACAACAGCCGACGGUUCGUGUGGACCCAGCGGCCGCGGCGAAACGUGAACAAGCGGCAAAGUUAGCGCUGAAGAAGCAACUUGAGAAGACAUUGUUGCAAAUUCCCCCUCCCAGACCUCCGCCGGCAAAUCUAGACUUCCUGGUGUGGCCGACUAUCGAAUUCCUGUACCUCACAGGUUUGGAAGAGACUGUUGAAAACGUGCUCGUGAACACUUUGAUGAAACCAAGCAGUGAGAAGAAAAAAGAUGGAAAGAAAAAACUUCCACUUCAGUGCGCGCAAUGUCAAACCGAUUUCACAACUGCCUGGAAACGAGACUUGGACUCGGGUAAAGUGAUUUGCGAGCAGUGUCUGGUGAACAACAACAAAAAAGCGGUAAAGAAAGAACACACAAACAGGUUGAAGUUAGCAGUAGAGCAGGCACUGCAGCAAGAGAAAGAAGUUAUCCAGAAGUUGAAGGAAGAGGAGAGAAAGCAAACACUAGCGAGUCAACAAGCAGCCGCAGUCAGAGCUCAACAACAACAACAGCAGCAGCAACAACAUUUGACGCACAAUCAGCCAAGCAACAGUGUCAGUGCUGUCGCUCAAACCAUCGCAAACCAAAAUGGAACCAACCUUCUCUACGGGCAGCAUUCCAAGCAGCACCCGCCUCUGUUCAUAAACCCAACACUAGGUGCAGCCCCUGCCGUUUCAUCAGCGAACGUGAACGCCAGACCAACAGUGCAUCAUACGCAACAACAUUCAGCACCCAAGGGGCGAAUUUUGAACCCAGCACCCGGGGGAGGUCGAAUUUUGAACCCAGCGCCAGGAGGAAUGAGGAAAUACUGAUGCUAGUUUUUUUUUCUCGAAGAACUAAUCAGUUAAAAUUGUUAUCAAAAACUGAACUGCACUGUAGAAUUUGUCGCUUAACUUUUUGUAUUAAACUAAACUGGAAAAAAUCUGAAGCCUCCGAUAGGAGUUAUUUACUUGUUUUUUUUUCGGUGUUUCUCAGCCCAAUAAAUCUUACUGUGAGUUACUUAAAACGAUUUGGUGCUAUUCAUCGAUAAAAAAGAAUUGCAGAUCGACAAAAAAAGUAUUAAUCAUAUUAAUAGCAUUUUUUCAUCCAGAAUGACAUAAACUCACGAAUCUAUCAAUCAAUUAGCUACCGCGCUAAAUUAUAUUUCAACCUCUUUCGUAUUUUGAAACUUGUCGCUUUAUUUAAACGUCUCUUUGUGGAUCAAAAUGUUGGUGAUAAAAGUUACCCGAUAUGUUUCUGCUGUGAAGGUGCUUAAAACUGAUGUUCCAUCAUUCCAAAAAAAGUUCAUAAUUCUGGUUUAUUCUUUAAUUGUGGUUAAAACAUCUGAUUUGAUUCAUCUAAACUCCAGAAGAUUUUCUAAAUCAAAUUUUGGCCAAUUGGUGAUACCAUGAUGUUAUUGUUUACUCUCUUCAUUUCAAUAGUUUUGUAUUGCUGUAAAUUCCGAGAAGCAAUAUCAAAACAUAUUUAAACCGUGUCUUAUUCGGCAUGCUAUCCCCCCUCCCCAAAAAUGAUCCUUCAUAUCUUCUAGAACCAAACUGAGUUGCAAUUAUUACAUGCAUUGCUCGCCACACACUUAUAAUCAUUGUCAGAAUUUAAUUUUUCAACCA